AUGGCUUCAAUGAUAAAAGGCGAUCCACAUGAAGUAGAACACGUAGAAGAUGAUCGAUUUCGCGGUGAAGGUAAAAUUAUUGAUGAAGAGGAUCGAGAAGAACAUUUCGUUAAGCCAUUACAUACGUAUUAUUGCCACUGUGGCCAGAUGGCAAUGAUCAGUGAUACCGUUAUAAUACGCAUGCCAUUAAGAAAAAGAGAUCAAGCUAGAGUCAUUGAUCCUGCUCGCACUGUUGCCAAAACUUUUUGUGAGAAUGGAGACACUGUUUAUGUUCGAAGACCAGAAGGUUUAGAACAACAGUAUCGUAAAAACUGUCGUAAAUGUGCCACUCCACUUUUUUAUCAACAUCCCUUCAAUUUAAAAGUUGUUUUCAUAUUUGAUAAUGCUCUUCGAUCUGCACAGCAAGUCGGUGGAUUAAAAUUUGCUAAUGAAGAACAGCCUGUUAAGAAAGUGAUAAUGACAAAACAUGUCAAAAAUCAAGGGAAAGUUGGUUCAGUAACUGUUUCUACUAUUGAAGAAGCGGAGGACGAAAUUGAAGCUGUACGGUGUUAA